AUGAAGGUAUUUAAUUCUGAACCAUUAGCUUCACGAUUAUUAGAUAAUAUAUUUCACCCAUUUCUAAUUUACAAUCUUUCCUUGAGCUUUACCAUCGUUUGGUUUAUAUAUAUAUUGCUUCAAAAUUCGAAUACCCAUUAUGAUAGUGUCCAAUCUACGUUGGAAUAUAUCACUCAAACUGAUUCUAAGCCGCUGCAACCCAGCACUGUAACCAAAACAUCAGUUCAUACCGUUACAAACUCCAAUCAUAUUUUAUCUACAUAUACAUCAGUUCAUACCGUUACAACCUCCAAUUAUAUUAUAUCUACAUAUACGUCGGUAGUGACUGAAAGCCCGAUUCUCUUACAAAAUACAAGCUUUCUUACUUCCGCACUUAAUGAUAACUUUAAUUCUUAUGAACGUUCUGUUAUUAAUUAUAUUAAAGAUGACUGGUAUUCCAAGUUAAACAGCUCAGUUUAUUUAAAUUGGGCUUCAAUCAAAGAAGAUACUAUCAGUAAUUUGCGGCUAAUUAGAAAUGGUUUUCAGUCCAACAUUAUUGAUCCGUUAAUCACUCAAAACAACUCUAUAAUAGAUCAGAUUAAUAAUCUAACUUCUACAUUGUAUCUGCUGAAUGCUGCUCAAAUAGGUAGCGAUAGAAGCGACAUAGAUAAUAUUUCAUUAGAUUUAACUUUUUUGGACAAUAUAUUGUACACAUUUGAUAAUGAUUCGGAUACAAUGAAAAAUUUAAUUUGGAAUGAUAUUAAUUUCACCAAUAUAGAUGCUAAUAUACUUUUACCAACAGGUAUUCAUAACUUCUCUAUACCCCAAAUUUUAGAGAAAAGAGAUGAAACCUAUGUAAGUGACACCUCCGACAGGGAAACUGAUUUCUAUGUACGAUGUAAGAUUAUAUCGAUAAUUUUACCCUUCAUAUAUCUGAUUAUGAUAAUACUUUUAACAAUAUAUGACUACCUAAGAUUUAAGCUUCAAAAUAAACAAUUUAAUGCAUUAUUUACUGAAUUUCUUCAAAUUCAAAACGAAAAACAUCAGCCAAAUUCCUAUACAAUUCAAUUUUCUGACCCUUCAUUUGCAGAACUACGAAUAUUCAUUAAGAAUAUCAGCUACACUAUUGAGAAUAUUAUUAUUUGGUGUUUAACUAGACAUUUACUGAAAUAUUUUGGUCGUAAGGGUAACCAAAAAAAAAUCAAUAACUUCAGUGUAUGGUUUUUCAAAUUAAAUAAACGGCUGAUAAUAUUGCUUAUGCUGCUGGUAUUUUAUACUCAAUUAAUUUCUAGCCUCAUAAAAUUUCAAAGCAUUAACUUUUCGAAUAAACCGUCAACAAGUAGUCUCCAAAAACGAGACGAUGUAAAUUCAUAUCCUAUAGGUAAUGAGAGCCUGGUCCUAAAUACAGCAACACCAGCAACGGAACAGCUAUUUGAUAUCCUAGCUAUUAAUAUCCAUCAAACAGUUCUCUCAUAUAUGAAUGAUUAUAUCGACCAGGUAAAUACUAAUUUCACUACUUAUUUUAAUAAUGUAGAAUUUAAGAAUUCAUUUAUUGGAGUACCAAGCUGGAAUAACUUAACUAAUACAGCUUGCGACAUCCCACAGUUCAAUCUUACUAGUAUCGUUGAACAGUUGCAAUUUGCACAAACUAUCACAUACACUGAAAAAUACGAAACUAGCUCUCAUUUAGUUAAGCUACAAAAUAAUUAUAUGGAGUCCACCAUCUUAGUACAUUGGUGCAUGAUAACCAAAUGGCUUUAUAUAUCGUGGGCCAUUGCAUAUGUAAUACAUUUUCUAAUCGGAAUAUUUAUAGUUCCACAUUUGUGUUGA